AUGUCUGCUCAGAAAUCUGUAUUUUUCACCCUUUCCGUGAUCAUUUCGCAGCAAUAUAUUGCAAUGACAGAGCAUGAAAAGGAAGCAUCAUCAUCAGGAAGACACAGCAAGUCGCGAUCCUCCCGAAGAUCUUCGAGUAGACGAUCGAAAACAACAAGAGAAGCAGAUGAAGAAGAUUCCUUAAGUACUACUCAUCGAUCCGAUUCAAAAUCUUCAAAGAAGAAAGACACUGGUGCAGAUGAUCGUAGUAGAAAGAAGCGAGGCACUACUACAAGGGCAUCCGAACCUGGCGCAAUUCCUGAGAAGGCAACCAGCAGUUCUGGCAAUCGUAGUAGAAAGAAGGAACGAGGCACUACUAACAAGGCAUCCACACCUGGUGCUAUUCCUGAAAACGCAACCAGCAGUUCUGGUAGUCGUAGUAGGAAUAAGGAACGAAACGGCCGUGGCAAAGCUUCCAACAAGCCUGGUGCUAUUCCUGAAACUGAAAACGACGGCAGUAUCGCUGUUGGUGAUCGGAAAAAGGAGAGAAAGAGGUCCAACCGAUCUUCGAAUGCACCACCACCAGGAGCUACCACGGAAGAUCGGAUGAGCCAUCGCGAGAGAAGAAAAGAAGAAAGGGCUGCUAGUGCCUCCAACCAUCAAUCGCCGACACCUACUGCGAAAGCUGACGCUACGGAUGCUGAUACUUUAUUCGAAGCAACAGCUGUGGAUGCCAACUCGGAAAAUCAAGAAGUUGUCGAGCAAAUGAGACGGGAGUUUGAGCAAACGGAGAAGAAGCGUCAACAAGAAAUUGAUGCGCUCAACCAGCGACUUGAAGCAGAGCGAGAAGCAAAAGAAAAAGCAAAAAAGAAGGAAAGAAAACGGAUUAUUAUUGGUGUGGCUUGUUGCAUUAUUGUUCUCGUCGCCGUCGGAGUUAGUGCCUUCUUUGCUCUGAACAAGGAUGGAGCGACCAUAACGCAGAUAUUCGUAACUCAGCUGUACGAUCCACCCAGUGAAGCAGAGUGUCGCGCUGUCACCAGGAAUGAUACCAUAGCUGGACAAGAAGCAGACUUGGAAGAAAAAGUUCUUGACAUGGCCUUUGAUGUGACUGUAGAUUCGGGUUGCGAGAUUACUACUCCGCAAGUGCAAAUUCUCUUGGAGGCUAUUCAAGAAAAGCUUCUUCCACCCUUGGCUGGCUGCAACAACGAGAUUACCAGUCGUCGUGAGUUGGUAGCUGAGAACGAACAGCCCGAACUUGCCAUUGGGGAGAAUCGCUUUGUGAUUUUGAAUGCAUUUGUCACGGGUCAGCUCGAUCCGGACGUGGUCUGUGGUAAAAUUCAAGAUGAUUCGAACCUGUUCCAUCGAAUCUCAACGAAUUUGGUUCUCACUUUGAAAGGACCUGUCGAGCGGUCGGAUCUUGUCCUUCUGACCUUUGAUCAAGUCGAUGAGUUAUUGAACAAAGGAGGACGAGUUGAUGAUAAUUUGAAGGAACCGUUUGGUUUGGACGAGUCAUUCUCCAAAGUAGAAUUGGUCAAAAUCGAAGACCCAUAUGUAUCCUCAGCGGCUCCAUCAAUCUCUUCAUCAUCAGAAGUCACAUCCGCGCCAUCAAUGAGACCUACUUUGGCUCCCGUGGUUGGCCCAACACCAUCGCCAACUGCAAGAAUCCAAACACCACAGCCAUCAAUGAGACCGACCUUGGCUCCCGUGGUUGGCCCAACACCACCUCCAACUAUAAGCCCAACGGCUGUGCCAUCUGAUCCUCCAAGUCUACGUCCUUCCAUCAGCACCUCUUCAGCACCGACACUGGCUCCAGCGGUCGGUCCAACUCUUUCACCCUCGAGUGCACCGUCAACAGUGCCAUCAAGAUUACCAAGUUUCUCGCCUUCAGCCCUCGCAAGUGAAGGUCCAUCUGCCAAUCCAUCAAUUGGGCCAAGCAUUGCACCAUCUGCCAAUCCAUCAAUCGAACCAAGUAUGGCUCCAUCGUCCAAGCCAUCAAUCAAACCAAGUAUGGUCGCAUCUGCCACUCCAUCGACGAAACCGAGCAUGGUUCCAUCUGUUGCCCCAUCAAUGAGCCCUUCGCAAACGCCUACAGUAGCAUUCACACCACAAUGCUUUCAAAGCAGAAGUGAACUGACUACCGAAGUCGACAAAUGGUUUGGCACUGCAUUGCAAAAGACAGCAGUAGAGAACACCUAUGGUCCAAUUGGAGAUUGGUGUUUUGAUUCAGGUGUGACCAAUAUGUAUCGACUCUUCUACCAGCGUUCCACUUUCAAUGAAGAUAUUUCGAACUGGGAUGUUUCUUCUGUAACAGAUAUGUUUGAAAUGUUCGCUUCCGCAUCAUCCUUCAAUCAAGACUUGUCAUCCUGGGAUGUUUCUUCUGUGACAGAGAUGGGUUUCAUGUUCCAUCAAGCAUCAUCCUUCGAUCAGAAUCUCUGUCCGUGGGGCUUGCGCCUGCCGGGCAAUGCUUAUUUUGGAUCCAUGUUUUCUGGCGCCACCAGCUGCCCUACACAAUUCGUUCCCAACCUCUCUGCGAAUCCGCGAGGUCCAUUUUGUUACCAGUGUCUAUAA